AAAGAGGAAAAAAAGAAAAGAAACCACCGGCUCCGUACACUGGCAUAGUGUGGCAGACACCACCAAGCCCUAAAACCUUUUCACAAACAAAACACCGCACUCUCACAUUCAAAAAACGGGAUUAAAGAGGCGCGCACAUUUUAGGGUUAAAAAGAGGACAAGCACAAUCCCUUCCCUGAAUUUUGAAUAGUUGCAACCCUUGCUUGAUUACUGUUUCAAAGUGCAAUCGCGUCAUGUCGAGGAUUUGCGUGAAGAAUCUUCCGAAACAUGUUGCGGAGGAUGAGCUACGGGAAUUCUUUUCUGAGAAAGGAAUAAUCACUGACGUCAAGCUCAUGCGUACCAAAGAUGGUAAGAGUCGGCAAUUCGCGUUUAUAGGGUAUCGAACAGAAAAUGAAGCUCAUGAAGCCAUUCGAUAUUUCAAUAAUUCUUUCCUUCGCACAUCUAAAAUUACAUGUGAGGUAGCUCGAAAACUUGGGGAUGAAAAUCUUCCUCGUCCAUGGAGUCGCCAUUCGAAGAAGAAAGACGACAAAGGGACUGCGCCGGAUGUGGGGAAACCUGCUAGAGCUAAGGGCCGGAAAGAAAAUUUGAAGAAUGGGGUGGAUGUUGAUGACCCGCAGCUUCAGGAUUUUCUUCAGGUCAUGCAGCCUCGGGUUAACUCUAAGAUGUGGGCAAAUGAUACGUCCGGUUUGACCAGUGUUGGCAACAACCAAGCAGUCUCAAAUAAGGAUAAUGAAAGUGCAUCAGUUUCAACUGAUGACAGUGGCUCAUUAGAAGAUGGAUUUCUGGAUAUUUCUCAACCCAGCAGCAAGUCACUUGAGCCUGAACGUGACGAGGUCAUUUCAGAUAUGGAUUAUUUCAAGAGUAGGGUGACGAAAGAGUGGUCUGAUUCUGAAAGUAGUGAUGAAGAUAAUGACGACAGUGAUGAUAAUGAUGACUCAUCUGUUGACAAUGAUGACAAAGAUGAUAAUGGUGGUGUUAAUGAAGAUGGAAAAAGUAGUGAUCCAAGAAACGAUGCUCGAGAGGUAGACGUAGAGGAGGGCAAAGAAGAUACUGGUGGAGAGAAUGUUACCCAUGAAAAGUCUCAAGUAGAUGUGACUGAGCAUGGGGGCCAAUUAUCAAAAACAGAAGACGUGAAAGGAGUUUUUGAGUCCUGUCGGUUGUUUGUCCGUAAUCUGCCAUACACGACCACUGAGGAGGAACUGGAAGAACAUUUCAGUCACAUUGGUAGUAUCUCACAGGUUCAUCUAGUUGUUGAUAAAGAUACAAAACGAUCCAAAGGCAUAGCGUAUAUUCUUUAUACAGCUCCAGAAUUUGCUGCCAGGGCUCUGAAAGAGUUUGACAAUUCAAUCUUUCAAGGAAGAUUGUUGCAUGUUAUGCCAGCCUUACAAAGACAUUCAGAGAAUCAAGAGAACAAUGUUUUGAAGGACCAAAGCUCCAAAACCCUCAAAAAACAGAGAGAGGAAAAAAGGAAAGCAAAUGAAGCUAGUGGAGAUACUAGAGCGUGGAAUAGUCUGUUCAUGCGCCCUGAUACAAUUGUGGAAAACAUUGCACGGAAAUAUGGUGUAGAUAAAAGUGAUUUACUUGACGGAGAAGCUGAUGAUCUUGCUGUACGUAUUGCUCUGGGAGAAACUCAAGUGAUUUCAGAAACAAAAAAGGCAUUUAAAAAUGCUGGUGUAAAUGUUGAGGUCUUGGAGGAACUUGCUAAUAACAAAAUAGAUGGCUUAAAAAGAAGUAAUCAUGUGCUUUUGGUGAAGAACUUGCCUUAUGGUUCCACAGAAAAUGAACUUGCAAAGAUGUUUGGGAAAUUUGGUAGUUUGGAUAAAAUAAUUCUCCCUCCAACAAAGACAUUGGCGCUGGUUGUUUUCCUCGAACCAGCGGAAGCUCGAGCAGCUUUUAGAGGUUUAGCUUACAAGCGUUAUAAGGAUGCUCCAUUAUACUUGGAGUGGGCUCCUAACAAUAUUCUUAGCCAAAGUUCAACAUCAAAAAAUGAUGACAUGAAUGGUGCAAUUGGUGAAAAUGAUGCCAAGAGGCAGAUAUUGGAGCAAAACGUGGAAAGAAUAACAGAUGUUGAUAUUGAUCCGGACAGAGUAGAGGCUCGGUCCCUAUUUGUCAAGAACCUAAAUUUCAGGACAACAGAUGAAAAUCUGAGGAAACAUUUUAGUGAACUCAUGAAAGAGGGAAGAAUUUUGAGUGUGAAGGUGAAGAAGCAUUUGAAAAAUGGGAAAAAUGUUUCUAUGGGGUUUGGAUUCGUUGAGUUUGACUCCCCUGAAACUGCUACAAAUAUUUGCAGAGAUUUGCAGGGGACAGUUUUGGACAGUCAUGCUCUUAUUUUACAACCUUGUCAUGUCAAGAAUGAUGCGCAGAAACAAAAGUCAAUUAAGAAGGAUAAGAGUUCAACAAAAUUGCUCGUAAGAAAUGUUGCUUUUGAGGCAACAGAUAAGGAUCUAAGGCGAUUGUUUAGCCCAUUUGGCCAGAUUAAAAGCUUAAGGUUGCCAAUGAAGUUUGGAAGCCAUAGAGGCUUUGCUUUUGUAGAGUAUGUUACUCAGCAGGAGGCACAAAAUGCGCUCAAAGCACUUUCAAGCACCCAUCUCUAUGGGAGACAUCUAGUGAUAGAGAGAGCGAAAGAAGGUGAGAGUUUGGAAGAACUGCGAGCACGAACAGCUUCUCAAUUUAGUGACGAACACAAUGGAUUUCAAGGUGCUAUUAAGUUAUCCAAGAAAAGAAAGGACGUUGACAUCUUAGAUGAAGGGAAGAUGAAGUUUGGAAGAUUUGAUGACUAGUACGGGUCCAAAUAUCUAAACAGUUUUUGUGCAUAUGUCCUGAAAAUUCAGGGAUCACAAUUUUGUCAUAGGUUCUAAGAUAUCGCAUAUGAUCUCAAGUGUGAAACAGCUUCUAAGAUUAGUUUUGUAUUCUGUAUCCAUAAUUCAAUCUCCUAUAAAAUUUGUUCUCUUAUUUACACAAAA